AUGUCUCCACGCCUCCUCCUGCACCUCCUGCUGCUCCUGCUCCUGGCGGCGGGGGGCGGCGGUCAGGUGGGGCCGUUCGAGGUGUGCCGCGCCCUGCGCAGCUCGGAGGCGGGGCCGGGCUGGGAGUUCUACGCCUGCCAGCCGCCGCCCGCCAACAUGAAGGAGUUCAUGCAAAUCAGAGUCGACCCACCUGGAAUCACCUGUGGAAACCCCCCCGAGCGCUUCUGCACCCUGGAGAACCCGUAUCUCUGCAGUGAUGAGUGUGAUGCGUCCAGCCCGGACCUGUCUCACCCCCCCCAGCUAAUGGGAGACAGGGAGAGGGGCGGGCUCAUCACUUAUUGGCAGACGGUCACGUGGUCUCGGUAUCCUGAGCCGCUAUUGGCUAACAUCACGCUGUCAUGGAACAAGAGUCUGGAGCUGGUUGAUGACAUCAUUGUGACCUUUGAGUACGGCCGGCCAACCACCAUGGUCCUGGAGAAAUCCCUGGACAAAGGUGUGACAUGGCAGCCCUACCAGUACUACGCUGACGACUGCAUGGAGACGUUCGGCAUGCCAGCCAAACGGGUGCGAGACCUGGCGCCCAGCAACCUGACCCGGGUCAUCUGCACCGAGCAGUACUCCCGCUGGGUCGGAGCCAAGGAGAAGAGCGUGGCGUUCGAGGUGCGUGCUCGCUUCGGGGUGUUUGCUGGGCCGAAGCUGAUCAACAUGGACGCCCUGUACACCAGGAUGGAGAGCAUGAAGGGACUGAGAGAGUUCUUCUCUUUCACCAACCUCCGUCUGCGCCUGCUGCGCCCGGCGCUGGGCGGGACCUACGUCCAGAGAGACAACCUGCUCAAGUACUUUUACGCCAUCUCUAACAUCGACGUCCCUGCCAGGUGUAAGUGUCACCUGCAUGCCGCUCAGUGUGUGUUGCGGGACGCCGUCCUGCAGUGUGAGUGCGACCACAACACGGCCGGUCAGGACUGCCAGCGCUGCGGCCGAGGGUUCAAGUCCCGCAGCUGGAGGCCCGGGUCCUUCCUGCCACUGCCCAAGGGCACUGCCAACACAUGUGAAGCAGCAGAAACAGUAGCCAACGAUAUCCCAUCCCCCACAUCUGACUCCUCCCCCAACAUAGUUGCCAUGCCAACCACAGCGGAUGGUGACUCUAGCUCAUCAGCAUCUGAUGGACCCUCUGCCUCAUCAGAUGGAAAGACUGACACAACUACAGACCGUGUACAAACCACUACUACCACUACUACAAUUACUGACUAUUUACCAAGUACUACCGCUAAAACCACUGUUUAUACAUCAACCCCUGACCUCUCCGUUACACCUGCUGUCAGCACAGGUGCUCCAGCUCCUCCCUCCUCUACAGAUCCUUUAUUUGACCCACAAACUGCCACCAUGUCUGAUACUAGUACUACAACAUUUACAAGUACAACUAAUAUUGUGGCCAGUACACAGUCAGAAUCAACUGGUACUGCAACUUUCACUAGUACAACUACUGCUACUGAUGCAUAUUCAGACCUGAGCAGUACAUCAUUUGAUGUUAGCACUACCACUGCCAGUACCACUGACACUUCCAGGACUACUGACAUCAGCACUACUGACACCAGUACUACUGACUCAACCAUUACCAGUAGUACAGACCUCAGGACUACUGACAUCAGCACUACUGACACCAGUACUUCUGACUCAACCAUUACCAGUAGUACAGACCUCAGGACUACUGACAUCAGCACUACUGACACCAGUACUACUGACUCUACCACUGCCCGUACUACAGACACCAGUACCAGUGACACCAGUGCUACUGACACCAGCACUACUGGCACCAGUAUUACAGACACCAGUAUUACAGACACCAGUAUUACAGACACCAGUGCUACUGACACCAGCACUACUGACACCAGUGCUACUGACACCAGUGCUACAGACACCAGCACUACUGGCACCAGUACUACUGACUCAGCUGUGGGUCUUGGUCCAGCGCUGGAAACUGGAGCGGCUCAAUCUGAUCCAGUUGGUUCGGAUAUUUUUCCCACAGUGACCGACACUGCCAUGACCAGUACCAUUAGUAGUCCCACCAGUAACACCAGUCCCAGCAGUCCCAGUAGUCCAGGCUGCAGUACUGACUGUGAGGUGUCUGUUUCUGACUCAGUGACUCCGCCCUCUGACUCCACAUCCUCCACAGACUCCGCCUUCCCUGAUACAAGUACUGACACUCCUGCUGUUGGUGCAGCAGCGUCGUCCAGCAGUCCGGGGCCUUCUGCUGGCAGCGCAAUCACCUCUGGAGCUCCACCCCCAGCGACCACCCUCACUAACGAAGGAGCUUCCUCUGGUUCUGCUGCAGCAGAUGCAGCUCUGCCCGCUCAAUCAGUUCCGACCAGUCAAGAUGUUGAUGCUGAGUCUCCUCCCACUGACAGUUUGGUAGCUCCACCCACUGCAGGAGCUGACCUGACUCCUCCCACUGUUACUCCAGAGUCCUUCUCCUUCAGGCGCCCAGGCAGCUCCACAGAUGGAGCGUGGCCUGAUAUAGCUCCUACUGCCCCUCCUUCUCUUCCUACAGAUGCUUCUCAAUCAGACACAUUAGCACCUCCUCCUCUUGUUUUGGCUCCUGAUGCUCCUCCUCCAGCUCCUGAAGCUCCACCUUCAGCUCCUGAUGCUCCUCCUUCAGCUCCUGAUGCUCUGCCUCCAGCCCUUGAGGCUCCUCCUGAUGCUCCUGAAGCUCCACCUCCAGCGCAGGAAGCUCCUCCUGAUGCUCCUGAUGCUCCUGAAGCUCCGUCUCCAGCGCAGGAAGCUCCCCCUGAUGCUCCUGAAGCUCCGUCUACAGCGCAGGAAGCUCCUCCUGAUGCUCCUGAAGCUCCGUCUCCAGCUCAGGAAUCUCCUCCUGAUGUUUCUGAAGCUCCUCCUUCAGUUACUGAUGCUCCGCCUCCAGCUCUUGAUGCUUGGCCUCCAGCCCCUGAUGUCAUACUGGACUUGAGCCCCAGCCCUCCAGAUCAACCAGACUCUGGACUGGACCUUCCAGCAGCGCCUGGCAGUGGGCCUGCUGGAGAUCCUGGUUACCUUCCAGAUGUUUCUGCGGGGUCUGUUGACUCUCCUGGACUGGAUUCACUUGAUCCUGGAGUAGACUCCGUCUCUGCAGAAGAAACCGGCAUUACUGGACUGGACUCUGACUCCACUGGAACCGCUCUUCCUGGACCAGAUCCUGAAAGCCCUGGUCUGGACUCUGAUCGUGGAGAAGCUUAUUCUUCUCCUUCAGCAGCUCUGACAGAAGGGAAAUCUUCUGUAGAGGAUUCAACACCCAGCAGAGCAGCCAAGUCUGGAGGAAGAGAGGGAGAAAACAUCCAGUUAAAACAAGAGAAGGACGUGGAGAGAAGGGGCGAAAAAGCAACCCAGAAGAUUCUCAUUCCAGGAGGUCCAAAGUUCAGCCAACUGUCCAAAAUCGCCUACGUCAGCUUCCAGGACUGUGAGUGUAACGGUCACUCUAAUCGCUGUAGUUACAUCGACUUCAUCAACGUUGUGACGUGUGUGAGCUGUAAACACAACACCCGCGGACAGAACUGCCAGUACUGCCGCCUCGGUUACUAUAGAAACACCUCGGCCACACUUGACGAUGAGAACGCCUGUAUCGAGUGUAACUGUGACCUGCAGGGCAGUGUGACUCCUCGCUGUAGUGACUCUGGCUCCUGUCAGUGUAAGGAGGGCACCACCGGGCGGCGCUGUGACGCCUGCAUGCCUGGAUACAACUGGAGGGGCGGAGCCUGCAUGGUGAAUGUCUGUGAUGAGGAGCGCUUGUUUUGUCAGAAUGGAGGAACCUGCCUCGACUUCCAGCGCUGCGUCUGUCCCGACGACUUCACAGGUUCUCUGUGUGAGCAGAGGCUCUGUGGGAAAGAGAGCGGUUGCCUUGACAACGGAGAGGACCGCAGCUCCGCCUCCUGGCCGCUGACCUUCAGCCUCCAGCCUCUGGCCCUGCUGACCUUUGCCCUCUGCUGCAUUCUGGGAAACUGAACUACACCGACUGCUGUUCGGGGCUGAACAGGAAGUGACAUCAUGGAACUUCCUGCUCUUGUGGAAACUGUAACCAUGACAACCAAGUUGACGCAUGAUGAUGAGGAAAAGUGAGACGUAAGGGACGAUUUAAGGGAACAUUAAAGGGAACAAUGAAGGGAACAUUAAAGGGAACAAUGAAGGGAACAUUAAAGGGAACACUGAAGGGAACACUGAAGGGA